CUAUGGCUUUAAUUCUUUUUAUUCAAGAUUCUUGACUUCAAAACUACGUAUAAAAGCAUUUCCAGUACACAUAAUCUCCUAACUUUUCCCUGUUUCACAAUGUUUUUUCCCACUGCAGUUGUCGCUGUGAGUCCAGCCAUGUGGGUUUUAAAAGUACUAUUAACACUACUUAGUUUGUCAAAGAUGAAGAUCAAGGAAUCUUACUUUACACUUCUUACAUUUUUGUUGGCUCCAAUUCAAAGAGUGAAUGUACUUCAGGGUUUGGGUUUGGCUGUGGUAGUUGCUGUUGUUGCCUCUUGGUUCCUCACAAUUACUGCAGCCUAUCACUGUCCCAAAACCCUUCUCUCUGCUACACAUUAUUCUUAGCCAGAUAAUCAUAAAUUAGUAUUUCAUAAGCUGUUGAUUGAGAAAAUUUAAAUGAAUUGCCAUAGGUCAUGGUCAGGGCCCAUCACAGCAGAGGUAAACUCUGUUAGAACCCAUUAUGCAGACUGGCUUUUUCUGUCUCAAGGCUGUGACCAUUAAAGGGGAACGCUUUCCAUUCCUGUCCUCUGAAACAGUCCAGCCAAUGUGUGUAAACAAUGACAAGUCAGCAGCUCUCUCCCACACUUCAACCACACUUCAACUUGAUGCAUCUUUCUGUGGCUACUUCGCAGUUUAUAUGACACAUUUUGUACAGCAUUUUUCUAACGUUUAUUUCAGGAUUACUUGAAUGGCUUUCGGAAAUAAUUGUUUGUGGACUAUAUCUUAUCAAUAAUGCCUUAAUUUUGUAAAUGUAACUGUUGAAAUAUUUUACUGGUAAUUAUUUAUCUGUUCACUCAUUUAUACAUUUGAGAGAAGAGCUACAUUGUUUUGUUUGUUUGUUUGUUGUUGUUUUUUUGCAAGCAUACUGUCCAUGAUGCUGCAGCUACAGACUCUGCAAAACACCCCACAAUGCUCAAGCCAAAACGUCAGCACGUCCUUACGUGCCCUGCUAAAAUUGAGAUUCUAAUGUUGCCUUCACGUGCUCUCAGGAAAGAGCUACUUCAAUCUGCUCUCCGCCCUGUCUAGCAAGAAUACAGCUUGAUUGCAGCUUACUUUCAUUAACACACCCUAAUAACAACACUACGCCAUGUCACAUAUUAAACGGAUUAUGGCAGCAGAAAAAUAAGGGCAAAUGACCGGUGAUAGUCAAAAGGAGAGUUAUCCUCAGAGAUAUAUGAGAAUUUUAUGUUAUGAUAAAUGAUCCACAGAGUUGUUCUCGACUUUGGUUCAUUCGUAUCUUGUGUCAUCAAACGGCGAUUUAUGGGAAUUCCGAUAUUUCUCACUGCACGUGAAAGCAGCACCAUUAUUUUGCGUAUGAGGUCUUGUUGGGCAAACGAUGAAGAAAACAUGGUAACGUUACGAGUUUGGAGACGAUGUUAACCUUCCUGAGGACUGGACAAAGCCCGUUGUCACGCUUCUCCGUGGCCUCGGGUUGUUGAGUCUAAACGAUGUGCGCCGCUGCUUCAGGAUCCCGUCGUUACUUUGUGAUGAGAAGGGAGGACCGGAGCCGAGAGAUCGAGCAUAACGGGGCACAGCUGACAGGCGGAUCGAGCGUCGGACCUGGUAAACACACUGUCGCAUGUUGUGUGUCAGAGUCGGAGACAAGCUAAUGACGAGGAUAGCACUGUCAGGAGGGCUGGGAUAGGCAAGUCAGACACCCGAGUUGAAAGCAGGUGGGCCAGAGAUGGGAAACGACACCGCACUGCUCCAAAUUCAUCCGCUUGAGCGAAGGAGGAUAGACCUUCAGCCAAAAUAUCCCCGCAGAGAGGACGGUGUUUGGUAAACACUGUAAUAACGCACACUGUUUUUACCACGCUGCAUCCGACUUUCAGACAGUGCAGGCGCAGGGUUUGUUGUUAUUUCUGUUUCAUCACUUUGCAGAGAUGUCCUUCACAAUGGAGGAUAAUUUGGAGUCGGGGUGGGUGGCUGUUCGUCCAAAUGCGUUUGAGGAGAAGGAAAAGCAUAAAUUCGUCUUUAUCGUCGCCUGGAAUGAAGUGGAAGGUAAAUUUGCCAUAACGUGUCAUAACAGGACGGUGCAGAGGAGAAGCUUUGGUAGGGACCCUCUGGCGGAGGGGACUAGCCAGGAUGGGGACAAAACAAAAUGGCCCGAAAGUCCGGUCAGGGAUAAAGUAUCUAGGAGUCCUGGCAAAGGAGCCAGGGAGGCUGGGAUGAAAGGCAGCAGCAGCAGAAGCAGCCCUAAAACCAAGUCCGUGAUAACAACCAGACCAAGUCCUGUCAAAAUUCAAACUGCGAUUAAAUCUGCAGCACCUCCCGUCAGUCCUGACACCGAGGUGUUGAAAUCACUAAGAGAGGACCAACUGUCCCCCGCAGUGGACAGCUUGGACCUGGAGGAGCUGGACAGUCUGAGCAGGGAGGAUUGCAGCUGGGCCGGGCUCUUUUCCUUCCAGGACCUGCGGGCAAUCCACCAGCAGCUGUGCUCGGUUAACUCGGACCUGGAGCCCUGCCUGCCGGUCUUUCCGGAGGAACCAGCCGGGAUGUGGACGGUGCUGUUCGGGCCGGCGGAGGUAUCCGAGCCCGAGAUGGAUGAGCUGUGCUACAGUUUACAGGUGUACCUGGGCCAUGCGCUCGAUACGUGUGGGUGGAAGAUCCUCUCGCAGGUUCUGUUCACGGAAAACGACGACCCAGACGAGUACUACGAGAGCCUGAGCGAGCUGAGGCAGUCCGGGUACGAGGAGGCGCUCAACCGUGCAACAAAACAUCUGCAAGAGCUGCUGGAGAAGCACAAGAGCAUGGACAGUAUGGUGGAGCUGUUGGAGCUGUAUGAGGAAGAAGACCAAGCCUACGGAGGUCUGCUGGAUGCCUCGACACAGCUCUACCAGUAUCUGCUGCAGCCUUUCAGAGACAUGAGGGAACUAGCAAUGCUACGCAGACAGCAGAUCAAGAUUUCCAUGGAGAAUGACUACUUGGGCCCAAGGCGGAUCGAAGGUCUAAAAAAGGAGGACUCUGACUGGCAGAAGAAAGCUCAGGAGGCGGUCCUCAACAUCCAAGAGUUUACUGUAAAAUACUUUGAGAUCACUGCCAGAGCCCAGAAAGGGGUGUAUGAGCGUAUGAAGGUGGACCAGCGUAAGUUUGGUAAAUCUUCAUGGACAGCAGCGGUGGAGCGCAUGGAGAGGCUGCGCUACUCUGUUGCCAAGGAAACCUUACAGCUCCAGAGAGCCAGGGAGAUCUGUCUGGAGCAGAGGAAACACACACUUCGGGAUGAGAUGCAGAGUCUGUGCAGCAGUGCCGAUGCAAUUGCCCUGUUAGACCACAUGGAGACACAGUACUAUGAGCUCCAGCUCCAACUGUAUGACAUCCAGGCAGAUAUAUUACAGUGUGAAGAGCUGCUGCUCACCGCUCAACUGGACAGUGUUCGCAGACAGAUGACAGAGCGUCAGGAUGAAGUGGUGUAUUAUGACACCUUUGAAAGCACAGAUGAUAUUACAGAGGAUGAUACUGCAGAGAGGGAAGAGCUGCGCAGACUUCAGGUCAGCGCUCGACAGCUGGAGGCAAGGAGGGGGCGCAUCACUGCCAAGCGCUCCUAUCUGAGGAACAAGAGGGAGAUCUGUGUAUCCAACCACACUCAGAAACAGCAGAAACGUCAAUCCCUCCACAAAGACUCUAUAUCCCACCAGGUGUUACAGCUGAUAAAUGAAGAAGAGGAAGAUGAGGAGAAGAAGAACAGUAGAGUAAGUCAGGAGAGACAGAGAACUCUGGACAGACUCCGCACUUUCAAACAGCGGUACCCAGGUCAGGUGAUUCUGAAGUCCACUCGACUGCGCGUGGCCCACACCAGAAGAAGAGACCGAGGAAGGAGCAUGGAAAUGAGUAGCGUGAGUGAGCGGGAGGAGAGUGUGGACUCUGUUUGCAUCCACCAUCAGCCACUGUGUCUCAGUACCAGUGUGCAGACUGACCCCAGCCCCAGCUCCACGCUCACCACUCAGCCCGUCACAGCUCUCACAGCAUCCCUUCCUCCGCUGCCUGUGCCCAUUCCUGCCGACUCCUCCUGCUCCCCCUGCUCCCUGUCCUCGCUCCUUUCAUCCCCUAUCUCCCCUCCUCCUCCACCACCUCCUCCACCUCCCCCGCCCACGAGGGAGGAGCUGUCGCCUUCCGGCAGCCCGGGCCGGCACGGGCAGAAGGCUGAGGGGAAGAGCGCGGCAGAAGAGCUCUCCCUCUCCCCGCUCGGGCCAUUCAUCCCUCGCUUCUUUGAUAGCAGCCAACUGUUGAGCGCCCGGAAAAAGCUGAGGAAGACACCGGAGUUUGACACCCACAGCAGAAGAGUUAGCUCACCCAUGGACGAGGUGCUGGCCUCCCUGAAGAGAGGCAGCUUCCACUUGAGGAAGGUCGACCAGCGGUCCCUACCUCCAGCCAAGGGUGACGACGAUCCCAACAGCAUCCUGGCCCAGAUUCGCAAGGGGGUCAAACUGAGGCAGGUCCCCCAUAAAGAGAGAAAAGACCAGGGAGAGCUCCCGGCCUCCACCGACCCACUGACUAGGAGCAUUCAUGAGGCGCUGCGCCGCAUCAAGGAGGCCACACCAGAUUCUGACUCGGAUGACGACGGUCUGGCCAGCCAUGACUGGGAAAGCUAGGGCCCAAGGCUCAGGCGCAACAAAUAAAACAUACACACACACACACAAAUGCCUGCAUCCUCUGGCACUGCACACAAUGUACUGUACUGCAAUAUAGAGAGCUGCGCUGUACUGUAAACACACACACACACACACACACACACACAAAUUCAUGAAGCUACUCACUCACUCACAAGUAAACACAGCCCAGUCACACAUGUACCUAGUGACUAUGCCAGGACCAAUUCACCAAAUGCUCCAAAGGUCUAUGGUCAACCUGUUCAUUUGUUUUUCACACUACAUUCACUACUGUGGAGGAUAUGAUUUGUGUUUUUUUUAUUUUUACUGUGUGUCACUGUGGUUUUAUUCCUGUAAUCAGACUGUAACAAUCCUUAUCUUGUUUGUUUUUUUAUUUAUGUUUAUUUUUAUCAGUUGUACUGUUGAAAAGCUCUGCACUGGCCCUCUGUGGCCGCAUUAAUAUUCAGAAACAGCACAAUACACAUUGUACACCAACACACUGCACUGACAGCUAUUUGUGAAACUGAAAACCUCAUACGGAAAGUCAUGCUGAGACGUGUGUGAUCUUUUCCAAAGCAUUAGAAAAAUGAGAAACUGUAACUGCGACAAAAAAACGUGUGUGGUUGCUGAUUUGGGGUCAUGAGGGAGACUGAAAAACAAAUAGAAGAUUACACUUUUGAACUGGGAUCACUGGACCUGUCAUCCAGAUUGUAAACCGUCGCACACAUCAAGCAUCACCUGUCUUCUAUUUUUUGCUCAACCGGUGUAUUGUGACUGAGCCGCGCUGUGCUGCACAGCUGGUUUUGUCCUGUCACAAGUGGGUGUGGUGGUGUCAGACAGUGUGAAGAUCACCGCUUGUUUAAUCUGACACUGCACAAAUACUUUCCGUCUUUUAGUCCGUCACAACAGAUUCAUACCCCUCCCCCCACUUUUGUCCUCUUCCGGCCCUUCACCACCCCCAGCUCUCUCUCUCUCUCUGGGUGAGGGAAUAUGUAUCGACCCAUCUGUUCCACCGCAGCAUAUGGCCAGGCUGGUGGGAGAUAUUCAGAGUCACUAUAGGUUUAUCAUUUGGUGCCGCAUCUAACAGCAUCUCUGAUGCAAAGCUGCGGUCAACCACGGUAGGAAAGGGUAAGAGGAAGGGUCAUCGGCGGAGCUGAUGGACAGUUUUCUUAAGCGAAGUGGAGGUCAUAGUUAGUGUCAGUAGUCUUUGUAAAGUGUGGGCAGACUUUGGUUGGUGAUUCCCGAACUUUGUAUGUGGGAUAGUCACGGCUGAGCUGUGGAACCAGUCACGCCUGUGUGAAUGAUGGAUGGCACGUGGGAGGUUAGAUUCUCUCAGCGCCGCGGGGAGCCACUGUGGGCUGUGGAGCAGGGCGGUCGUGAUUGAUGCGGUUUCUCCUGCCAUCUUGUUCACUUUCUCUCCUCUCCUCUGUUUGCACUUUUCCUCAUUUCUUUCUCUGCACUCAGUGGGCAGAACCGCACAGUAGGAGGCCUGUUACUCACAGUUGCUGGAAGUGUUUUCAAACAUGCUCCUGCACACAUGGACUCACGCACUAAACUCACAGCCAACAUGCACAGAAAACAUUUUAGUGGUAAAGUGAGUCCACAACCCCUACUCGUAAGUCUUUUUUUUUUUU